CCUUCCGUCUCUCUCUCUUUCUCGCUCUCGCAAGUCACCAGACACACAUCGAAGAAGCUCGUCGGGGCGUCGGCUCCCCGCCGCGCCUGCCGCCGGUGAGGAGAACCGCCGCAACGCCAGCGAGAUGUCGGAGUACCAAAAUGUCGUUGGGGGAAGGCUGAAGCUGAAGGGAAAAACGCUGGAUAUCAAGGAAGGCGGAGUCAAGAAAAAGAAGAAGCAGCAGCACCGUGAGGAGUCGUCUCAGAUCGGGCACGAUGGACUUCAUGAAGGUGGAAUCUCUGAAUUACCAACUAAUCAUAACAAUGAGCUAACUGAAGGCGAAAAGACGGGAGAGGAGGAAGGGAACCCACACCCUGACUACGACCACCUCACACCAGCCGAGCGGCGUUACAUGGAACAGAAGCAAAAGAUUGACAUGCAGAAGAUGGCCAAAGUCGCCAACAAGUCGCACAGGGACCGCAUCCAGGACUUCAACCAGUACCUGGCAAACCUCAGCGAGCACUACGACAUCCCAAAAGUUGGUCCUGGCUAACAUGGCCAAACCGCGGUGCUUCACAGAAACGAUUGUAUGAUUGGCCUACUAAGCCUUCUGUUACAAUGUUAUGUGCUAGCAGUAUGCUGUAAAAGCAAUCGAUUGCCACUGUGAAGACAGUAUUUUAUUUCAAAACCAUGUCCCGAGCAUUAGCCAUAAUUAUUCAUUUACUCA